CGGAGACAGUCAGGGAGAGAUUUGUGAAAAAUGUCAGGGAAACGCUGCGCCAGACUCGAAAAAUGAGUAGGAAGCGGAAUCGAGGUAGCCCAACGCCAACACAGGAUGAGGAGCAGCCGGGGACAAGUGGGAACAGUGGGAGCAGCAGGCAAAGGACGUUGACCGGAACUGGACUGGGGCAGGAACGGAGCGUGGACCAAAAUGGGGAGCGAGCAGACGUCCCAGAUGAGGGUGAGUCAAGCCACAGGGUGCCUGAUCCACCACCGGCCACGGUGGAUUUCGUAAUCCCCACAGAUCCGCCGCCCACGAAGAAGCGGAAUCGGAGUCUGAGUCCGACAAAGGCCAGAGCCUCCAUGGACUUAACCCAUCAUCAGCACCCUGUCGUCGCGGAAACGGACCGACCACACAUGCUCGACUUUCAGCUGGAGAGCGAUCCACGGCCCAAGCGGAGGGAUACCGACGCCAAGAGCAAGACGCCUAAGAGGAGGAUUCGGGUGCCCCAUAUCCUGGUGCAGGCAGACGCCCCCGAAGCGCCGCGCCUAAUGGACACUGGAGUGAGCACCGACUCGCAGCGAGUGCGGAAGGCGCCAUCUGCCAUCGAACCCAUCUCAGAGCUGCCCUACGUGGAACCAGUGUACAUCCUGGUGCAGGCGGAAAGGCCACAGCCGCCUCGACUGGUGGACACGGCGGUGGGCACCGAUCCGGGCCGAGCUCACAGUAAUCCUUCAGCAAGACGGCACCCGACCAAGCCGUCUGCCCAUGUCAAGGAUCGCGCGCAGCCCGUCGACGAGAGCGACAUCGAUGAGGGGUCCAGCAAUUACAGUUCCAGCCACGAGUCGGCGCUGUACGACAUUGAGGACCACGAGAUCCUGAUCACCAAGACGGAGAAGGUUUACAAGAAGAGACCCGACAAGGUGCUGCCGCUGGAUGAUUCCGACGAGUCGUUCGAUGCGUUCAGCUCGAGGAGCCCGCAGCAGCAGCAGCAGCAACGCAUUUCAAAAGACUCGCGAGCUUACGAGGAGCAUAUGGACUCAGAUGCCCCCCCUUCGAUCGACAACAUGAUGAUGGCGCAGUACACCGACCUGAGCGAUACGAGCACCAGCAGCUCCAGCAAACGAAAGGGCACCCCAGGCCUGGGCCUGGGCCUGGCCGGCAACAACCUGGCCUCGGGCUAUGUCUUUAUCUACAUGGUGAUACCGCCCGACGGGGGCUACGGCUGGAUUGUGCUCGUGCUCAGCUUUCUGGCGCAGCUGAUCGUCGACGGGAUUGUGUUCUCCAUUGGCAUCCUGCUGCCCUUCAUGGCCAAGGACUUUGAGGCGAACGAUUCGCGGAUUGUGUUCGUGGCCAGCAUACAGAUCGGCUGCUACUUUAUGGGCGGCGCCUUCUCGAGCGCCCUGAUCAACAGCUACGGCUUUCGGCCGGUGGCCAUGACCGGAGUGAUCAUCUCGGCCCUGUCCAUACUGGCGGCCAGCUUCAGCCCGAACCUGGCAAUGAUGAUCGUGUUCUACAGCAUCAUUGGUGGUCCGGCCCUGAGCAUGAUCUGGGUAAGUUCGCAGCUCAUCAUCGGCUACUACUUUGAGCGGUAUCGGGCCCUGGCCAGCGGCUUCUCGUGCUCGGGCGCUGGAGCCGGCAUUGUGGUCUUCUCGUUCCUCAACAGUUGGCUGGUGCCGCUGAUCGGCUGGCGGAACGUGCUGAGGGUGCACGUCUGCCUGCUUCUGUGCAUACUGAUGAUUGCCUGCGCCUACGUGGAGGUGGCGCCCACACAGGUGGGCGUGCUGAACAGACCCGCCGGCCUGAUGGAGUCCAGCUCCGAGGAGUACUACGGCAACUUCUAUGUGCACAAUUUUCUGCGCGACUCCCACUCGAGACUGGGCUCCCAGACCAUCCUGGAGACGUACGAGCCGCACCCGAAGCGAGCGGCCUUCUUUCGACGCAUCUCGCCCUGCUGCACGAGGAAGGAGCAGGACGACGAGGAGCGGCCCUUGGACGAAGACCGAAACCUAGUGAUCCGCACGGAUCCGAUUCUGCGCGAGGAUCUCUUCUACACGGGCCCCGUUGAAUACGACAAGCCCCACAGCACGGAGCAGGUGGAGGGCAAGGAGAUGCAGCUGUUGGGAUCGGCCCAGCAUACCCAAAAAGCCACCUACGGCAUAGCCCAUAUUCAGGGCUACACCAGCGACGACAAGAAGAAGCUGACCGGCCCGGGACAGGAUUCGCCGGGCAGUCCGAUGUCAUACGAUGAACGUCCCGGCAAAUCAGCUAGUCGCAUUCGCAUGGCCAGGAGACGACCGCUCAAGAAGCGCCACUGGCUGCACAACAAGAUUGUGAAGGCCCUCAACAGGCUGUUCGACUACCACCUGCUGGAGUCGUUCGAGUUCCGGGUGCUGGUGGCGUCGGCCUUCUUCUACCCGAUGGGCUUCAACAUACCCUUCGUCUACUCCAAGGCCCGCACGGAUAUUCCGAGCGAAUAUGCCAACCUGAUUGGACCUGCCAUCGGCUUCAUGAACUUUGCCAUGCGCAUCAGUUGCGGCUUCGCGGCCUACAAGCUGCGCGGCUGCACCACCUACAUCUGUGGCGGUGGCAUGUUCUUUGGGGGCUUCUUUGUGUUCAUCAGCGCCUUCUUCGGCUCCGAUAUUGUCUGGUUCCAGCUGCUGUACGGCUUGUGCUAUGGCGUGGCACCAGCUGUGUACGCCACCCUGCGGGCCCUCAUCUAUGUGCGAUACCUGGGACUUUCGAAGCUGACCAAUGCCUUUGGGAUUACUGCUCUGGCCAUGGGCAUGGGCGUCUUUAUUGGCACCACUAUGGGUGGCAUUCUGGUGGAGGCCACCCAGGGAUACUCGGCUGCCUUUGCCAUGGCCGGGUUCUGCAUUAUGCUGUCUGGCAGCCUGAAGCUCCUACUGCCCACUAUGGUGAGGCUGCACAAGCGGAAGCAAACGCCAAGGCACUCCUAUCAGUCACAGAGGACUCAGUGAGAGUCAAAGGAACAAAAGCUCCAUCAUUUAGAAGGCAAAGCGACAGAACUAUCCAAGAGAAUUCAUCUGGAACUAUUCCAGCAAGGUUAUCUAUGGCAAAAUCAAACGAAAUGAGGUGGCAAUGCAGAUCAGUGGAGAGAUAUCAAAAGAAUCAAAAUAACACAAUUUAUUGUAGGCUCUUCUCAGAGAGCUCAGAUUCGAUGAGGAUCGAGAGGCUAGUUUGGAAAUGGAAUCAGAGAACAGAAUAAAAGACGUGCGAGUAUUAGUAAGGAGAAUUGUUUGUGACUCCCAAAACUCUGGACUCUGGCAACUACC